AUGGCGUCACUUGAUUUGUUCAUCUCACUCCCGAACCUUGCAGGCAAAUCCCGCCAUAUUAUCACCCAGUCCGUCCAUAGGGACUGGAAUCCAUCGCUAAGGUCAACAAAGUGUCCUGGGUUCGACAUCUUCUUGCUCCUCACAAGGUACCUGUGGACCUACAGCUCCCACGAUCUCAGCCAAAGAGUCCAACAGGAUUUGGAGAAGAGGCAAUUAGUCCCGACCAUUCUCUGGUCUCAAUGGGAUGAAGACUGGGUCAAGGCGAAUCGCGUCGCCAUCUCCAAGCUCAUUACCCACGCAGGCAUGGACAAGUCCUUCGAGGAACUUGUCCGAGACGAGACCCUGGCCUCCUCGGUCAUGAACAAGGACAAUUUAUGUCUCUGGAAGGCCAACAACGGUGACCUAUCCGGCUAUGACUUCAUUUACCACGACGGAGAAGCUCAAAUUGGCGAAGAGAUCACCCAUCAGAUUCUCCAGCGCACGCCACCGUGCACAAGAUUUGCGUUUCCGCCGUUCCUACGUGUAUGUUUGGAGCGUUCGCCAAGAGCCCUGGAAAACCUGCUCUCUUUUCAUUUGCGUCUCAACAAACACAACGGCUACAAUAUCAGGCCCACGGCCUAUUUCCUGCUAGCAACGGUUCGGUGCGAGCCCAAUAACGAGACAGUGCGUCUUUACGACACAUCCGGGCAUGUGGUUCCUACUCCUGUCCCAGCAAAGAAGGCUCCAAUCUUUGUCAUGGACGAAGAAGAAGAAGAAGAGAUCGACAAGCGUUACCUGCUGUUUUACCGUUCAACAGGCAUGGACAUUCCACUGCCUAACCUCGGCCAGUUGGUUAGUCAGUCCUUUAACCGAUACUCUUUUCUGGGGAAACAGAGUGCAAUCAACCGGUUGUUGGUUUCCGCCGGGCCCAUGGAACUACCACUACCCAAGACUUCCAAGCCUCUGGUCGAAACAACGCCUUUCCCCCUCUAUACUCCUCCACAGACCUUGACUGUGUCGCAGGUCUCGGCCUCUCCAAAGACGUCGGCCCUUCUGCAAGAGCCCCUCCCGCACUUGUCGGGUCCUGCUCAGGUAUCGAAUAGCCAGUUGCCAAGCUUUGUUGGUAAACAUGUCCCGAAACCUACAGACACCAACACGCAGCCAAAGAAAGUAAGCCAUCCUUUCAAGCACAACCCUGCCAGGAACCACCGACCCAUGGAUGAACCAAGAAAUCCUACCAGAACGUCGGGCAGUAAGGCGCGCAAAAGAAGGAGCCGUGCCCAGAUGGCGGACACAUACCGACCCCAGUAUGGGGAUGACCGAGACCGCCAAGAUACCUCUCAAGAUCAAGAAUCCACUGGUGGCCGUCGUCUUGAACAGGAUGAUACCAUUGACCGUAGCGAUCGUGGUGGUCAAGCCAGUCGCAAGAUUUCUGACAACGGGGAUGGAGGACCUCGAACCGAAACGCGACGAUACCAGACUUGA